AUGUCGCCAUCAAUUGCAAGUUCAGCUACCUCCACACGUGUCGUUGAUUCGCAGGUCAAUGGCCUCACAAAAAGGUUGAAAAACCUGAACUACAGUUCAAAGCAGGGCUACGGAAAUUUUGACACGCACUUCGUUUCUGGGCAAGAUGAAGUAUCUUCCAGUGGCUUGCUGAAAAUCCGGAAAUCCUACAGGGAGAAAUCUAAAUAUCCAGAUUUUCUACCGACUUGGGAUCCUGCUGAGAAAUAUGGUCCGUUAGAAUUCCAUGAAUAUCAUGAUCCUGCUUUGAGAGCUGAUCCAGAAUUUUCCAAUCUUUUCCCGGAGGACAGAGUAGAUCAGCUAGAAAUAAAAAAAGUUACUCCGAAGCUGGGAGUCGAGGUAGGCGGAAUUCAGCUGACGAAUCUUUCUGACGCUGCGAAGGAUGAGCUAGCCUUACUUGUCGCUCAAAAAGGGGUAGUAAUACUGAAAGAUCAGAAUAUUGCUGAGAAAGGUCCCGAAUAUGCAGCUGAGUUUGGAAAGCAUUUUGGGAAAUUACACAUUCAUCAGACUAGUGGACAUCCUGCAAAUGUUCCUGAAUUGCACAUUACUUUCCGUAGACCAGAUGCAGAGGAGUUUUCUAGAGUUUUUGAUGAUUCGAUAACCUCCAGUGGGUGGCAUACCGAUGUUUCCUACGAGUUACAGCCACCUUCUUACACCUUUUUCAAUGUUGUGGAAGGUCCAGAUGGAGGUGGUGACACAUUGUUUGCUGAUACGGUUGAGGCCUUUGACAGAUUGUCUAAGCCUUUUCAAGAUUUUUUGAGCACCCUACAUGUCGUUCAUAGUUCUAAGGAACAAGCUGAGAACUCACAGAAACAAGGUGGUGUUCAAAGGAGGGCACCUGUCACCCAUAUCCAUCCUUUAGUUCGAGUUCAUCCUGUGUUAAAGAAGAAGUUUUUGUAUGUGAACCGUGCUUUCUCUCGGAAGAUUGUUGAAUUAAAGAGACAAGAAUCAGAUUGCCUCUUAAACUUCCUGUAUAACUUAGUUGAAAGCAGUCAUGAUUUACAGUUGAGAGCAAAGUGGGAACCCCGCACAGUUGUCAUCUGGGAUAAUCGCAGAGUACAGCACUCGGCAGUAAUUGAUUGGGAAGAGCCAAUUCAUAGGCAUGCAUUCAGGAUCACUCCCCAAGGUGAGAGACCUGUUGAGGAUUUAAAGUAUUUAAAUGAUGCUGAUUAUUAUCCUUCUUCGCAGACUUUAGAUGUUUGA